UGUUCUUGUACACAGAAACAAUGCGGGAGGACAAGCCAACACUAAAUGAGCUACUAACUCACGUAGACGUUGGUACAGAGUGGCUGAUACUAGGGGUGCUGCUGGAACUGGAUAUGAAAGAUCUAACUGCCAUAGAACAAGAGAGACCCACCAUAGACCAAAGACUACAGCACAUGUACGCCCUCUGGUUGAAGACCAUUCCUAAGGCUACAAGAGGAGAACUGAUCAAAGCCUUGGGAGUCAUCAGGGCUAAUACGUUAGCUGAUAAAUACAAGAAAUGGAUCAGUAGUACUGGGAGAGCUACUGCUACUAGUAAAGACACUAAUAGAAGAAGACACAGUCCUUCAGUGAGUAAACAAAGUAAGUUAGUAUCAGUGUGGACUAUUGACUGUUGGACUUAUACUGUAUAGUUGGUGAAUGUGGAGGGAAUG